AUGGCUAUGCUUAGCUCUCUUCUAUCUCUCUUCACACUGGGAGCGGCGGUCCUAGCACGCCAGGACGCCUUUCAGGAUCGUUGCGCAAACUUUAAGGACAAAAUCAACUUGCCCAACGUCAAGGUGAAUUUGGUCGGCUAUGUCCCUGGCGGCACGAACCUCUCUUUGACAGACAAUGCACCCAGCUGCGGAGCAUCGUCUCAGUUGGUGAACGCAGAUAUGUGCCGGGUCGCCAUGGCUGUCGCUACUUCGAACAGUAGUGAGAUCACCCUCGAAGCAUGGUUCCCACGGGACUACUCUGGUCGAUUUUUGAGUACGGGGAAUGGUGCUCUUUCUGGCUGUAUCCAAUACUAUGACCUGGCGUAUACAACUGGUCUCGGUUUUGCGAGCGUCGGUGCCAACAACGGUCACAACGGAACGUCGGGCAAGCCCUUCUACAAACAACCUGAGGUUAUUAAAGAUUUCGCCUAUCGAUCCCUCCACACGGGCGUUGUGGUUGGCAAGGAGCUCACCAAGCUAUUCUACGAUGAAGGGUUCGACAAAUCCUACUACUUUGGCUGCUCAACAGGCGGCCGUCAGGGAUUCAAGUCCAUCCAAAAGUACCCCACCGACUUUGACGGCGUAGUGGCAGGAGCCCCUGCCAUGAAUUUCGUCAACUUAAACUCCUGGAGCGCCCACUUCCGGCCAAUCACCGGAUCGCCGCUGUCAAAGACGUAUCUCUCGCCGGCUUUGUGGAAGGCAGUCCACGAGGAGAUCCUGCGGCAAUGUGACACCAUGGACGGCGCAAAAGAUGGGAUAAUCGAAGACCCUGAUCUCUGCCGUCCGGUUCUCGAGACAAUCAUCUGCAAGCCCGGCUCCUCGUCGAAGAAUUGUCUCUCCGCAGCCCAGGCCAAAACAGUCCGCGAGGUUUUCUCCCCAUUGUACGGUGUGAACGGAACCCUCCUCUACCCACGCAUGCAGCCUGGCUCCGAGAUCAUGGCUUGGUUUUCGUAUUACAGUGGUCAGCCCUUCGGGGCCAGCGAGGACUGGUUCCGUUACGUAGUUUACAACAACCCUAACUGGGAUGCUGCGACGUUCAACGUCCACGACGCGGCCGUAGCCCUGGAGCAGAACCCAUAUGACAUCCAGACCUGGGACGCGGACCUCUCCCCUUUCCGCAACGCCGGCGGCAAGGUCCUCACCUACCACGGCCUCCAGGAUCAAAUUAUCAGCUCCGAGAACUCCAAGUUGUACUACGCACGCGUGGCCGAGGCCAUGAAUCUUCCUCCGGAGGAACUUGACAAGUUCUACCGCUUCUUCCAGAUCAGUGGAAUGGCUCACUGCAGGGGCGGUGACGGUGCUUAUGGCAUCGGCAACGGCCUCACAUCAUACAACGGCAAGGAACCCGAGAACAAUGUAUUGAUGGCUCUGGUCCAGUGGGUCGAGAAGGACAUUGCUCCGGAGACCGUUCGAGGUGCGAAGUUUGCCAAUGGAGUUGGCACACCUGUGGCAUAUACGCGCAAGCACUGUCGCUACCCUCGCAGGAAUGUGUUCAUCGGCCCCGGGAACUACACUGAUGAAAAUGCGUGGCAGUGUGUUUAA